UUCAGAGACUAUGGAUAUACUCUUCAGAAUAAGAGGAGGCCUGGAUCUAGCUUUUCAGCUAGUUGCUGCUAAUGAAAUCUGUAUCAAAAAAGCACUCAAACAUGUGUUGAGUGACCUGUCAACCAAGCUUUCUUCAGAUGCACUUGUGCUCAGAAUUUGCCACAGUUCAGUGUAUGUAUGGCCCAACAGUGACAUGAACACCAUUCCAGGAGAACUGAGUGAUAAUUCGGCUUGUAAGAACAUAAUGCGUUUUAUUCAAUUUGAACAGGAAGAAGAUACAAAACGAAAGUUUAUGAGAAAGAAAGAAAAAAAGCUGUCAGAUAUGCAGCAGAUCGUAAAUAUAGAUCUUAUGCUGGAAAUGUCAACCCCUCUGAGUGCCGUCACCCCCAUCAUCGAAAGAGAGAGCGGAGGACAUCACUAUGUCACUAUGACUUUACCAGUUGAUGCCGUUAUUUCUGUUGCUCCAGAAGAAACCUGGGGAAGAGUUCGUAAACUUCUAGUUGAUGCAAUUCAUAGUCAACUAACUGAUAUGGAAAAAUGCAUUUUGAAAUAUAUGAAAGGAACAUCUAUUGUGGUGCCUGAACCAUUGCACUUUUUAUUACCAGGGGAGAAAAAUCUCAUAACAAUAUCCUAUCCGUCAGGCAUUCCAGAUGGUCAGCUGCAGGCCUAUAGAAAGGAAUUACAUGAUCGCUUCAACUUGCCUCAUGACAGACCUUAUUUCAGAAGGUCUAAUGCUUAUCACUUUCCCAAUGAACCAUACAAAGAUGGAUAUAUUAGAAAUCCACAUACUUUUCUUAAUCCACCUAACAUCGACUCUGGAAUGACUUUUGUGGUCCAGGGCACAUAUGGCUAUCAUCAUUAUAUGCAAGAUCGGAUCGAUGACAAUGGCUGGGGCUGUGCUUAUCGAUCUCUGCAAACAAUCUGCUCUUGGUUCAAGCAUCAGGGAUACACAGAAAGAACCAUCCCAACCCACAGAGAAAUCCAGCAGGCUCUAGUUGAUGCGGGUGACAAACCAGCAACAUUUGUCGGUUCACGGCAGUGGAUUGGCUCUAUUGAGGUGCAGCUGGUACUAAGCCAAUUGAUUGGUGUAACUUCAAAAAUAUUGUUUGUGAGUCAAGGUUCUGAAAUGGCUUCUAAAGGCCAGGAACUGGCUACUCAUUUCCAGAGUGAAGGGACUCCAGUGAUGAUUGGAGGCGGAGUUUUGGCCCACACAAUUUUAGGAGUUGCAUGGAAUGAGAUGACAGGGCAGAUUAAAUUUCUGAUUCUAGAUCCACAUUAUACAGGUGCUGAAGAUCUGCAAGUUAUUUUGGAAAAGGGUUGGUGUGGAUGGAAAGGCCCAGAUUUUUGGAACAAGGAUGCUUACUAUAAUUUAUGCCUUCCUCAGCGACCACAGAUGAUUUAAAACAUCUUGAAUUCAGACCAUAAUAAAAUUAUUCUGUACAUUUCUUAAUAAAGAAUAAGUUUCAUU